ACUCACAGUGCCUCGUGCUGAGUCCCUGGAGGCGCCAUGACUGAGUAUAAGCUCGUGGUGGUGGGCGCUGGCGGCGUGGGGAAGAGUGCCCUGACCAUCCAGCUCAUCCAGUAUCACUUCGUGGAAGAGCAUGACCCCACCAUCGAGGACUCCUACCGGAAGCAGGUGGUCAUCGAUGGGGAGACGUGUGUGCUGGACAUCCUGGACACUGCGGGCCAGGAGGAGUACAGCACCAUGCAAGACCAGUACAUGCGCACCGGCGAGGGCUUCCUCUGCGUGUUCGCCGUCAACAACACCAAGUCCUUCGAGGACAUCCACCAGUACCGGGAGCAGAUCAAACGGUUGAAGGGUUCAGACGACGUGCCCAUGGUGCUGGUGGGAAACAAAUGUGAUCUGGCGGCACGCACUGUGGAGUCUCAGGAGGCGCAGGAGCUGGCCCGCAGCUACGGCACCCCCUACAUUGAGACCUCGGCCAAGACGCGCCGGGGUCUGGAGGAUGCCUUCUACACGCUGGUGCGUGAGAUCCGGCAGCACAAGCAGCGCAAGCUGCGCCCGCCGGACGAGGGCUGCACCGGCUGCGUGAGCCCCAAGUGCCUGCUCUUGUGA